UUGAUUCAAUAUUAAACAAUUAGAAGAUUGUGUUGAUGAUGAUUUAAUUAAAUUUUAAACAAAAAAUAUAUAUUGCUCAAAAAAACUAUGCAGCAAAUAGAAAUGGAAUUAAUAAAAGAAAUUGAUUCUAAUAAUAAUGAUUACAAUGAAGUAUCAAAUGAUUCACAACAACGAAAUUUUGCAAUAAUUAGAUGAUAAUCAUAAAAUUAUUUAUGCUAUGGUUGGUGGUAUCAUUCAAUCAAUAUCUGUUUAUAUCAAUGAUAAAAUAAUUGUUGAUCAAACAAUUCUUUGUACUAUUCAAGUUAUGAAAACUGAAAUAACAAUUAUAUCUGAUUAUAAUCGAAAAUUAUAUCAUAUUUAUAUAAAAUCUAAUCAAUUGAUUAAUACUGACGAUCCUCUUUUUAUUAUUAAACUUGAUCAAUAA